GCCUAGGUGAUUCAUCAUGGCGGCAGUCCCAGUCCAAGUGAAAGCCGAGGCCUACAAGACAAGAGAACAUCCUGAGAGCCCAAAGGAUGCAAGACUCUCAGCGCUGAUUGUAGAGGCCCAGUUGUACCAGCAGUUACAAGAACAGACUGCACAGCUUGAGGAGUUUAGAAAGAAAGUUCAGAAACGUCUCAAAAAGCAAAGACAAGAAACUUCAAGACAAACGAUCGUCAUUGAAAAGCAUGCGAAAAGUGAGGUGGGCGGGGAAGAGGUGUGUCCAGAGUUGGAUGGUUCCCACGGUAUAACAGUCAUUGAUUGUAGAAAAGAACAAUCAAAAUGUAUACAGCAACUUCUCUCUCUUUGUGAGAAACCACCAGUCUCUGCCACACCUCCUGCUCAGGUUACUCUUAAACCUACGGUUUUUAGGGAAAAACCUAAACCAUCUUUAAUGCCAAAACCUGUCGUCAAUCAGAAAACCUCUUCUGAACAGAAGAGAACAUUCACCAAUAAAGCAGAGGCUGCUAGUCAUCAUCUAACAGUGAGGAGGCUCUACUCAGCAGUUGAGAGACAGCAGUCACGUGUUAAUGCUAUCAAUAGACAGCACCAAAAGGAAGCAGAGAAGAGAAAGAGAGAGAGAGAAGAAGAACGAAGACAAAUAGAGCGACAGUAUAGUCCUAAAGAAUCUGCCGUUAUUCUUGCUGAGAGAGAAAAUGCCAAACAAUGGCUGGAGAUGGUUGCUUUAGAAAGGAGGCAUCAGAAAUUAGUGAAAGAGAAAGAGAAUGAGAGAUUUUGUGAGGCGUUGCAGUUUUUGCUGCAUGAAAAGUAUCCAGAUCUUCCAUCUUUAUGCCCCUGUCAUCCUUCUAUUUGGAAAGCUGAUCCGAUGAAAUGUGCAAGAAACUGUCCAUUUUAUUGCAACCACUCAAGGUUUGCAAGGGAGCUCUCAUCUCUUCUAUGCUCUGUCACUGAACACAAAUAAAACAAAAAAGUAUUUUAUUAUCAUUUUUAAAAUUA